AAUUUGAUAGUAAAAUCUAUAAAUGGGACAUGGAUGAAACUAGUUUCCACAAUCAGAUAAUCAUGAAAGCUCCGAGCAUUUUAUCUCUCACUUUCAUACUUCUUGCCAUCAUUUCGUGCUCCCGAGCAUCAUCUUGUGCUGAUGAUUUCCUUCAAUGUUUGCGCAAAGAAUUCCACAACUACUCUUCCAUUUCCAACAACAUCUACACCCCAAUCAACUCUUCUUAUUCAUCUAUCUUGCAAUUAACCAUCCAGAAUCCGAGAUUCGCCUCAGAUCCUACUCCAUCACCGCUUAUCAUCAUCACCCCACAACACGAAUCACAAAUCCCACCUUUAAUCCACUGCGCCAAAGAGAGUGGCCUGCAAAUUAGAACUAGAAGUGGAGGCCAUGACUUUGAAGGACUAUCUUAUCUAUCCCAAGUUCCAUUUGUGAUCAUUGAUUUGAUAAAAUUCAAUGAAAUAAAAGUUGAUGUGGAGCAUAAAACUGCUUGGGUCGGAGUUGGUGCAACCAUCGGUUCGUUGUAUUACGCGAUCGCGGAGAGAAGUCCGAUUCUGGGGUUUCCAGCCGGAAUUUGCCCAACAGUUGGUCUUGGUGGGUACUUCAGCGGCGGAGGCUAUGGCACAAUGAUGAGAAAAUAUGGCCUGGCUGCGGAUAACGUCAUUGAUGCAAGAAUAAUCGACGUUAAUGGCAGACUUCUCGGCAGAGAAUCAAUGGGUGAAGAUCUGUUCUGGGCCAUCAGAGGCGGCGGAGGGGCAAGCUUUGGUGUGAUUGUCGCAUGGAAGGUACAAUUGGUGGAUGUUCCAAAAAGGGUCACUGUUUUCAGAGUGAGCAGGACGUUGGAACAGAAUGCAACGCAAAUCAUUCACCGCUGGCAAUACAUAGCUCCUAAAUUGAACAAAGAUUUGUUCAUUGCGAUCCUCUUAACCAGGACAAACACAACACGAUCCAGCAAUAACAUGACUAUCAAUGCUUCUUUUUUCUCCUUGUUUCUUGGUGGGGUCGAUAGAUUGCUGCCGUUGAUGCAAGAAAGCUUCCCUGAGUUGGGGUUAGUGAGACAAGACUGCGCGGAAGUGAGCUGGAUACAAGCAAUGGUGUUCAUAGCUGGUUUCCCCGUUGACUUUCCGCCACAAGUUUUGCUUAACAGAACCGACCCCAGCACAAGAAGACCCUUCAAAGGAAAAUCCAAUUAUGUGCAACAACCCAUUCCUGAAUAUGGGCUUGAAGGCUUCUGGAGACAUUUUUUUGAAGAAGAAGCUGAAUCUGCGCUUAUUGCGAUGACUCCUUAUGGUGGAAGGAUGGCGGAAAUCUCUGAAUCUGCAAUUCCGUUUCCUCACAGGGCUGCUAACCUCUACAAGUUGUUGCAUGUAGUGUUCUGGGGAGAAGAUGAGAAUCAAGAUCCAGACAAGUAUAUAAAGUGGAGUAGGAGGGUUGACACUUACUUGACUCCCUAUGUUUCGAGUAAUCCGAGGGAAGCAUACGUUAACUACAGAGAUCUCGACCUCGGAGUCAACAACGUCCAUGGAGACACAACUUACAAACAAGCCAGCAUUUGGGGCAGGAGAUAUUUCAAGAACAAUUUCCGUCGCCUUGUUCGAAUUAAAUCGGUGGUUGAUCCCAAGAAUUUCUUCAACAACGAACAGAGCAUUCCGCCAUUGCACUAAAUGUCAGGCAAAGUAAUAUGAUAUGAUUCACGCGUCAGCAAGUUUUUUUUUACUCAGUCACGAAUAAACUUACAUCUGCUUUCGUUAA